AUGAAUCGCACGCUGGUCGAGUGUGCGCGUUGCAUGAUGGAACACGCUGGACUGGGAAAGAGCUACUGGGGUGAAGCAGUGAUGACGGCGAUGUUUCUUCGAAACCGCUGUCCAACACGUGCCAUUCACCAAGACAAGUCUCCAUAUCAAGUGUGGACGAUGAAGAAACCGAUUCUGGCCAACCUUAAAGUGUUUGGAUGCCACGCGUAUGUUCAAGUGCCUCAAGACAAACGCGCGAAGUUCGACUCCAAGUCAUCACUCUGUCGUUUCCUGGGAUACGCCGAACACCAGAAGUCAUAUCGAUUUGAGGAAGUGUCAACAGGAGCGAUCAAGAUCAGUCGCGAUGCCACAUUCAUGGAAGACAAGUUUGAUGAAGGUCCGCGCAACUACAACGAUGAGUCAAGUGCCGUUGAGUUUGAUGAUCAAGACGAGGACGAAGAAAAGAAGAAGGUAAAACUGACGUCGACAUGGACUCGAGCGACGAUGACAACGAAGACACCAGGUCUUCGAAGAGCAACAUCAAGAGACACACGCGCACUCAAUCACUUGAGAAAGCUACCGUCAUUCCAAGUCCCAAGCGAAGAACGUACAGAUGUCCGUCGCUUGAGCAUGUGUCAGCGGCUGCAAUGGAUUUUGAAGCAGCCUACAUCGUUGAUUCAGUGGGGAAACGCCGACUACAUUCAAGUCGGCGAUGGAAUCAAGCGACUCCGGCAAGUGGAAAGAAGCGUGUGA